AUGAUGUCUGCGUUCACAAGCUUGGUGCUGCCCCUAUUCCUCGCCUUGAUCGAUCAUCGCAGCACCGGUACGCCACCAACUCGCGUGAUGAAUAGGAGCAUGACCUCCUCCAAAUCAUUGUUUGUGGUGUUUUUAUGCGCCAUGGCGACCAGUAGUAGAGUCUCGGCCACUCCGAACGCUGUCAUUGGAAAACCAAUAAUGAUGUCCCAACGAAACACGUUGCUGCGAGUCAAAGUGUCGGUGCAGCUUGAAGCACUUCUGCCCAAGGACGACAUCGGCGUGGAAUACUGGUUUCUCCGAGAAGAAGACAACUUCAAUAUUUCGCAAGUAGCAGCAGCGAUUGAUGAGCGGAGAGCCUACAUUGUCACAGUGGAUGAACUCCGACCUGUCCAAGAAAGGGAAGACAACGUUGAUGAGUCCUCCUCCUCCUCCAGAAUGAUUGACACGAUUGAUGAUGACACCAUCCCAGAGAAGUAUUUGUCACUUCCAUGGGAGGCAGCUUCCACCACGAACAAGGGCUCUCCAGUUUUCAAUGGGGAUGUCAGCCUUUCCUACCUAUUGCCAUUUCGGGACGGUUCCUCCACCACUAGAACCCUCUUGGUUUCAUUAUGGGAAGACAAACCACUAGGGGAAACAGAUCUUCAUUGGAAGCCACCAACAAUGCUCGCAAGGAGACUUGUCAAUAUUCCAAGCGGAACCCAAACCGUUGCAAGCCGCCAUCCUACAGCAAUUAUUCAAAGAAGUUUCGUGGAAAUUGAGCUGGAAGCAAAGACGAGCAUUGUUUGGCCAGUCGAGAAGUCACGAGGAAAGCAGCUGCGGGACCAACAAGGUAAUUCUUGGUGGCUUUGUCCCGCUGGUGCAGUUCUCCUCGUCAUGCUUGUGAUGCACAGAAGCGGUGGCCUCAAGGACAGCACGGUGAAGCCUGAUACUCUCGUGCAUGAAGGAGAAUCCAAUGACGACAACGAAUCUUGCAUCGAUCCAGCAGCUGAGAUGGCCAUUGAAGGUGCAUACGACGGAUGCGACAACCCCCACCAUUCCAUCUUGAGUUCUGCUCCCUUCAACGAGCACGCGUCAAUCUCAGCCAACAAGACAACUAACGAGAUACGUAGUUUGAACUCACCACGGGACGUUCCAGCGGAGGAUCGCCGGCAAAGAGACUGGGAGACACACGUUCUGCCCAACAGCCAAGGACAUAGACAAUUUCUCCAGCAACAACACAUUCGAUUCAACAACCCAAGACAGCACCAGCUACAACCGCUUGGAACUGCCGCGGUACAUUCAAACCAACAUGUUGCGUCUCCUAAGAUCUUGAGCCCACAACAAGCUCUGACAAUCGACACAAACGCCACUUUGCGCCUCCCGCCACGGCCACUGCAAUCCGCCAAACAAACAAUCAACUCCACACCAAAAGAACCGACCGAGGAAACCGGGGCCAUUCAUGACCCAGUUCAACAGGAAACGCCGCUGAUAUUCGACGCUGUGAUGGCUGCACAGAUGCAAACGCCUGUGGACCGACAUUCAUUUGUUCAAUCACACGACAACAUGCUCACCUAUAGCGACGACGGACAAAAGAACAUCGAUGCCGGAACAGCAUUGGCGAACGAUGAGACGAUUGCAAGCUUCAACGGUGGAGUGUACAAGGCAGAGCCCGUGAUGCAAACGCAAAGCUACGAAGCCAAUGGAAGCAAAGAAACUCAAUAUGAGACAGACACAGCACAAAUAGCUCAAACUGUGCACCAAGACCAGCAGUCAGAUGCUACGUACACGUGUUGCAAGGGCACAGAAGCAACUACGGCGCCGAAGGAUGCCAUUAUCAGAAAAGACGAAGGGAGGGACUCACCAAUGGCCAGUAGGGAAGCGGCGGGAAGCGCAAAGGAGAAUUCGACCAGAGAGCAACGGACUGCUGAGUCAACGGUAGCAAAUCGGAAAUUUCAACAACCAGGCGACGCAGGAAUGACAACUCCCCAGCAAACGAACAGAUUGUCAAGUCAGCGAGUUGCGCCUCAGCUUGAGGCCGGUGAUUGCAAUAUUGCAGAGAACGAUGGGAACAAUGCCUGUGCUAUUGCUUCGGCGACUCCAAAGAGACUGAACUUGAGCCCGCCGAUGCAGAAGAGUACACGGGGCGACAACUGGCUUAAGCGACUCAAAAACAGGGCAUCCAUCGCUGCCAGUAGCCGCACAUCGACGGAAGUUGCAUCAUCAGUGGGAAGUGAACAGGUGUCUUACGAUUCAACUCUAGUACCGUAUAGCGAUGCUUCCGUUGAUAGACCUGACCUUGGGCCCUGCAACAGGCGCAACACAAAGUCAUCGCGACAAUUUGCCAGCUACCAACGGAGUCGUGGCGAAGCAGGAGAGCCUUACAAGCUUGGUGUAAAGAAGAAGGCCCGUUCAAAAAACAGUUCAAGGGCACGACAACGGGGAUCUGCGACGAGGACCAAAGGAGGAAAAUGCAAGGGCAACGAGGUCGCUUGCCUUUCCCAAUCUCCAUCAGUCAUAGUAGUAGAACCAUCACAAAGGACGCCGCCUGAUAGGAAGGGACGCCGAGUCACUCUUUCGGUGGAAGGAUCUCGGAAACGGUCCUCUCCCGCUUCCACAGUCCCAUCAGUGGAAGCAGGAGAGGGCCGUUCAGUGGACACCAGCACCGCGUCGGCGAAAGCACGAAAACGGAGGCGCAAUCGCUAUUCCAACGCUGACGGCAUUGCUCAGGCUCUGACAGGUAUUCGCCCAUCCACAUCCCUGGCCCAUGCCGCCCAAGAGAUCACUGCCCCUGUAUGGAGUCUGGAGGCUUCAAAGGAUGAAGACAUUGGAGCUUGA